ACCAGACCAGUGGCUUUAUAUUCACGGGGCUGCCUGAGGAAUGUAAACUAUUUAUCAUGGAGACAGCAGUUGAUAAACUGGAGGCGAUGGUAAGCUAGUAAACCUACGUUCCUAGUCUUUAGAUAAAUUGUAUUCUGUGGUCUCCAAUUAGCUGUUUGAGCAAAUGCGUCAAAAACGGCAAUGUAGCGAGAAUCUAAUUUCAAGUGUUCUGCCAUUCAAAUCGGAAUUGAUUAUUUUACAGGAAAAGCAAACCACGAACAUAAUACCGUGCUAAGUGUUUCUGCUAAGAACACUACAUGGCAAAAAAAAAAAUCGCUUUUCCAUGGCGCUCUGUCCAUUUUCUGUGUUUAUUUAGUUAGCUUGUUUGCCACACGUUUCACAAUGACAGCGAAUACUAGACUGCGAAGAGGCCGUUUUCCGCGUCCUCGAGUGCGCGCAGUACAUGACGGUUGAUGUUUAAAAGCGAGUUUUCACGGUAUCAAAGUUGGACAAAUUGGUUGUUGACCUUAAAUUGAAUUGCAAUUCCCAAUCAAGGCGUGUAGCAAACGUAGCUAACUACAGUAUGCAACUGUUAACAUUAGCCAGAUACUAACGUUACUACUAACGUUAUUCAAUUAUGUUGCGUAAGUUCUCUAUUAUUCGGCUCCCCAAAGUCACUUAGCUGCACUUGUUUGUUUGUCAAUGCUGACGAUCACUGGAUUGCUAAACAGUUUUUAAUGUAGUUUUAGAUUAUUUAAUUUGAUUCACCAAUUAAUAUUUAGUCAUAACUUGAUCUGGCCCAGCCAACCCAAUUCAAGUUUCUGUCAUGUAGCUAAUUCUUUCUUUAGUUUGACAGGAGGUUGGAUGUCUAUUUUUUCUUCAUGACUGACAACAGGAUAAAGAGGAAUCCAUUAUGUUUUCUGUCUGUCCAGUGCCCCUUUUGUAUUGUACUACUGGUGACCCUUUAAUGAAAGCAGUGCAAUGGUAAAAGGGCAUUGGCCAGGGAUUAUUCACAAUGAUAGGUUUUGCAAGGUGUAGCUGUGAACCAUUGCUAGCAACAAAGCUGUUUGCAGGUGCUCUGACUUCAUUGCACUACUGUAUUGGACAGCUAGCAGUGCAAUAGUAUUGUCAAAGCGUCUGAAAACUGCAAAGACCACUUUUGGACACAGGAAGCAGCAACAAAUGUACACCAAAGUGUUGGAAAGCUGGCACCCUCCUCAACAAGUGCAUAAUUCUGGGAACUCUUCUGGGGUUUACUGAAACAACGGUAUGUGCUGUAUAACAGUGCACCCCAAGGAAGGGCUGUGCAGGGUGGGUUGUUAAUAAAUAUUUGUUAUGUGUUUUUUAGUUUAAAAUCUACAAUGAAGAUCCAUGGUCUUAAAGAGAUUCUCCGGUACUGUUAUACUUUUUAGCCAGUAGUUCUGAAAGUAGCGCUCACAAGCAAAAAGUGGUCUCCGAAAAUUGCGUACUACGUCACAGACACUACAUGACGAAAAGUAUGUGAACACCUGCUUGUCGAACAUCUCAUUCCAAAAUCAUGGGCAUUAAUAUGGAGUUGGUUCCCCCCCUUUGCUGCUAUAACAGCCUCUACUCUUCUGGGAAGGCUUUCCACUAGAUGUUGGUACAUUGGUGUGGGGACUUGCUUCCAUUCAGCCACGAGCAUUAGUGAGGUCGAGCACUGAUGUUGGGCGAUUAGGCCUGGCUCGCAGUCAGCGUUCCAAUUCAUCCCAAAGGUGUUCGAUGAGGUUGAGGUCGGGGCUCUGUGCAGGCCAGUCAAGUUCUUCCACAUCGCAUCGACAAACGAUUUCUGUAUGGACCUCGCUUUGUGCACGGGGCAUUGUCAUGCUGAAACAGGAAAGGGCCUUCCCCAAACUGUUUCUGAAUAUGUUUUGUGCCUACUGACCUCAACCCUGAUUUUUAAUCAUUCAAUUUUGACACCGUGCCACGCAUUGGAUUGAUCCCAAGUCCUGGAACCCUAUCAGUAUUGUCUCUGCUGUCCACUUUGUUCAGAGUAGUGCAAUAUUGCUUAUUGGGUUUCAGUGUUUGGGUUAAAGCCUCAUUGAAGGCACUAUGCAUCUGAAGACCAUUUAAUACACCUUUUGUGAGGCAACAAUUUUGUGGCUGAAGUCUUGGAAAGAUGUGACUGAACUUUUUUGCACAUUUUGUUCAUGUUCAUAGUUGUGACAAUCUGUUGUAAGGUGUAGAGACUCUACAACACUCUAAGGCUCGCAGUACACUAAACCAACUGUCCUUUCAGUUCCAGAAGGCAGAGGCUGACAUGGAGUACAUGGAGAAACGGCUGAGGCUGGAAUUCCUGACAAGUGCUCCAGAGAACGGUGCAGCAGAGGUGAAUAUAUGGACGCCACAGUACUUAGUUACAAAACAUGUCCUCAGAACAGACCAGUCACCCAACACCUUUCCACUCCAUCCAAAAAAGGCAAUGCUGUCUUAUACAUAUUUGAACUUCUGCCAUGCAGACUGAUGUCUCCAUUUGUCUAUUUACCCAACAGUCUGUCAAAUCAAUGACUGACUUGCGUUGUGCCUGUGACCACAGGAAAACCCUGUGAAGCUGCUGGAGAACCUGUCUGCCAUCAAGGUGAGGCAUGCGGCCUUGUGCGCACAAGUGCAGGAGAUUGCAGCCGAGCAGAAGCAGUCAAUGGACUCUAUUCGAGCACACCUCGAUACCACUGUGCAGCUGGUGCAACAGUUACAGCAGACUGCUGACGUAGAGGUAGACCAUUCCCUCCACGUACAUCUGACAAUGUCAACCGGCCCUUUUCAAAGUUAAAGUAAUGGUGGCAAAAUCAUGUGCAAUUGAGAAUUUGUACUUGUACUGUUUUGUAGAUUCCACCACUGACUGAGACAGAGCAGGAGUCUGCAGAGUUCCUUGGUUUAUCAGUCAAUCAAAACACAGCAGAGGUAAGGCCAUUUGCUCAAGCUAAGGUGUCAUUGCGUACAGGAGCAGAGCGUGCAGAGAAACAAUAUUUGACAGACGUCAUUCUGUGUAACACUAUCUAUGCCAUUGUAUGUGCACUGCUUUUUAUGGUCCAAUUUUAAGUAUCUUGCCAUUCAGAGAAAUCUAAAGCUUGACUGCUCAGGAUUUCGCAACUUCAGUGAAAUGUUAUGGUCGUCUUGUACACUGAACAAAAAUAUAAAACGCAACAUGCAACAAUUUCAAAGAUUUUGCUGAGUUACAGUUCAUAUAAGGAAAUCAGUCAAUUGAAACAAAUGAAUUAGGCGCUAAUCUAUGGAUUUCACGACUGGGAAUACAGAUACCUUAAAAAAAAAAAAAUUGUGGCGUGGAUCAAAUAAACCAGUCAGUAUCUGGUGUGACCACCAUUUGCCUCCUUUGCAAAGAGUUGAUCAGGCUGUUGAUUGUGGCCUGUGGAAUGUUGUCCCACUCCUCUUCAAUGGCUGUGCGAAGUUGCUGGAUAUUGGCGAAAACUGGAACACUGUGUCGUACACGGUGAUCCAGAGCAUUCCAAACAUGCUCAAUGGAUGACAUGUCAGGUGAGUAUGCAGGCCAUGAAAGAACUGGGACAUUUUCAGCUUCCGGGAAUUGUGUACAGAUCCUUGCGCUAUGGGGCCGUGCAUUAUCAUACUGAAACAUGUGAGGGCAUUGGAUGAAUGGCACGACAAUGGGCCUCAGGAUCUCAUCACGGUAUCUUUGUUUAUUCAAAUUGCCAUCAAUAAAAUGCAAUUGUGUUCGUUGUCAGUAGCUUAUGCCAUAACCCCACCGCCACCAUGAGGCACUCUGUUCACAACAUUGACAUCAAACUGCUUGCCCACACAAAACUGCUUGCCCACACAAUCUGCCCGGUACAGUUGAAACUGGGAUUCAUCCGUGAAGAGCACACUUCUCCAGCAUACCAGUUGCCAUCGAAGGUGAGCAUUUGCCCACUGAAGUCGGUUACGACGCCGAACUGUAGUCAGGUCAAGAUCCUGGUGAGGACGACGAGCACGCAGAUUAGCUUCUCUGAGACGGUUUGUGCAGAAAUUAUUUGGUUGUGCAAACCCAGUUUUAUCAGCUGUCCGGGUGGCUGGUCUCAGGUGAAGAUCCCGCAGGUGAAGAAGCCAGAUGGAGGUCCUGGGCUGCCGUGGUUACACGUGGUCUGCAGUUGUGUGGUUGGUUGGACGUACUGCCAAAUUCUCUAAAACAACAUUGGAGGCAAUUUAUGGUAGAGAAAUGAACAUUUAAAUUAUCUGGCAACAGCUCUGGUGGACAUUCCUGCAGUCAGCAUGCCAAUUGCACGCUCCCUCAACUUGACAUCUUUGGCAUUGUGGUGUGACAACUGCACAUUUUAGAGUGGCCUUUUAUUGUCCCCAGCACAAUCGAUCCUGUUUUUAAUCCGCUUCUUGAUAUGCCACACCUGUCAAGUGGAUGGAUUACCUUGGCAAAGGAGACAUGCUCACCAACAGGGAUGUAAACAAAUUUGUGCACAAAUUUGAGAGAAAUAAGCCUUGUGUGUAUGGAACAUUCUGGGAUCUUUUAUUUCAGCUCAUGAAACAUGGGACCAACACUUUACAUGUUGCGUUUUAUAUUUUUGUUCAGUGUAAUAUGCCUAUAUUGUAAUAACUGUAAUAUGCCAAUGUUUGUCUGUUCACAGGUACUGAUGUCUAUGGAGCCUUCAGCACAAGAGCAGCCUCAGUGUAAGUAAUGGUUAACCCCAAUUCUAAGACUCUUCUCUGCAUAUGUCUUUAUACAGUAGACACAAACCCCUAUUUGCAUUCCUUUGUAACCAACAGGUUAUGUACAUAGCUAAACUGAAAAACACUAAGCACAUUUUCAAUUUGGGAUAUUUAUAACGACGCUAUAGCAGGCAACAAUAGCUAGGUUUCCAUCCAAUUGGCGACAGAUUUUCAUGCGUAUUUUCUAAAAUAUGCAUAAAGAAAAUAUGCGCAUUUUCCACCAGUUGUUUCCACCAAACAGAUGUUGCAGAUAAAUCAGUGAGUGGUGACGUAGUGCACACAAAAUGUACUUUUCGCUUAAGUUUUCAUGUACCGAAUAAAAAUCUAAAGUUUAACAUCGCAUUCAACUCUACCUAUAGUUUUGUCACAAACUGUUAUGUUGAAUAGCAAAUGUGCCUACUCUGGUCUUGACACGUGCGCCCUAGCCAACAGCUCGCAGAUGCAGUGUGGGUAGGCCACAUAAGUGAGAAUAUUUUUAUUUGUCAAACGGCAGUGAAGCAUCGAUCAUCACGUCACUAGAAUAAGACCCUUGAUAUUUAUUGGAAAGGAACAUCAAGAUCACUGUGCACUUUCACCACCCUGUGAAGUUAAUUUAUUUCAUCUGUAGCCUAAUAAACUGCAUGGUUUCCCGAGUCAUAGUGGGAGGAUCACACACCAUAUCACAUGACGAUAUUAUAGCAAUAUUUGACUUAAAGGCAUUUCCACCACCACUUCUCGCAUAAUACAUUUUACCGACACAAAGGUCGAACAAACAUUCUUUGGGCAUUUAUGAAACUGCUCGUUUCCAUCACAGCUGUCGUGAUAUUUUUUUAAUACGGUAUGACUUUACUCACAUAACUGUGGCUGGAAACGUGGUUAAUGACAACAUUCCUAUACAAGGAAUCCAGGGGAAACCCAAAUAAGGGCACAGGACUCUGUACAGACAGAAUGGCGACUGAAGCCUGCUCUCUGUCCACAGCCUCGAAGGAGGGUGAGUUUGAGGAGCUGAGUGAAGCCACACUGGAGGCAGUGCCGCGCAGCGUGCGCUCCAACGUCAAGCUGGCCGACCUCAAUGCCUUCUACAAGCAGCUGCAUGAGCACUUCUCCCUAAAAAAAAACAGGUCCGACGAGUCCCGUUUGUCCCGAGACACAUUACCCUUUACACAGAAAGCCCAAGUUGUGUCAAGGCAACACCAGCAGCAGGAAUGUCGGUUAACUUGUGGACCAGUCAGACCCUGUGUCAUAUGAAUGCUUAGUAAGGUGUACGCAUUUUGUGGAAGUUCUUGCAAGCUCUAACUUUUCAAAUCUUUCUCCAGUGGUGCCCUCAGUUUGCAGAAGAUGAAGCAGAUGAACAUGAAAGUUAGCGACGCCAAGCUGAAGACGUUGCAGCAUCUCUGUGUCAUUGAGCUGGACAAGAAAGGGCACGUUUGCCUGCUAAUAUGAGUGAGGAACUGGCACUGUUUAAGAUAUUAGACCCAACAGCACGUAGUGAAAGUGACUGAUUCUGCCCAUCUCUCCUUGUCUAGUCAUGUUAGCCUCAUUGAAGGGUUCUCUGUUGAAUCCUCAUGCCUUCAUAUGCUGUGGAUUGAUUUAUUUUGCUAGUUAUUUUUUAAAUGACACCACAAUGGAACCAACUCACCACAAUGUUUGAGGUGCUGUAAGUGGAAGGCGGCGGGCCGUAUUGUAAAUUAGAGCUACUAUUUUUGUAAUGACCACAGCUUAAUAUUUGAUCAUAUUGAGGGUAUUUUGACUGAUGUGGCUAAUGCAUUUCACCUGUAAAUAUGUUAUUAACGAUUUGAAUUCGCCUGAUUACUUUCCAACUGUACAUCUUGUCUAGCGCGUCAAUGUAUUUUGAUCCUUCAUUAAAAUGACAUAUUUCCUCUGCCAAGGUAUUCACUAAAUCAGGAAUUUAUUUAACAAAGAGUGCAAACACAUUAGCAUCUUAAAGUACAGUGAAGUCGCUUUCCCCAACUAUGUAAAACAAUUACAAAAUGAACAGGAACCUUAAAUGAAUCCAUAAAAGCUUAAAAUGCAGAUGGAAACGGACCAUUAAAUUGACUUAAGUUUCUUUGUAUUGGUCAAAUCUGAUCUAUGGAUGGUAAAUUAAGAACUAUUAAUAACAGUAAUGAUGGUAACAAUUUAACUAAUGCUUUAUGUAGAGCACUGAAUAUACACAUGCCCUUGAACAGCUUAACAGUAAUACAAAGAACUUCAGCGAGACACUUAAGAGACAUGUAUGACCUCAACUAUCCAAAGGAGAUUUUAAAAUAACAUUUAGAACAAGAUAAAAUGCAUAAGUCAUCCAAAGUCCAGCACCAAAUAAAACAUUGUCAUGCCACAAGUGCUUAAGCGGCAGUUUUUAACCACCAAAAUAUCAAUUUUCGAACAGGUGAGUAAAUUGUACUGU